AUGUAUGUCAGUGAAUUUCCUGUCUGGCUGGAGAUACUCACAGGAGUCCUAGAUGAUUGUUUAUGUGACAUAGAAAGCAUCGAUGACUUCAAUACUUUCAAGAUCUUCCCCAAAAUACAGAAACUGCAAGAACGUGAUUACUUCAGAUAUUACAAGGUCAACCUAAAGAGACCAUGCCCAUUUUGGGCUGAUGACGGCCAUUGUUCUAUCAAAGAUUGUCAUGUAGAGCCUUGUCCUGAGAGCAAAAUACCUGUUGGAAUUAAGGCUGGGAGCUCUAAUAAAUAUUCAAAAGCAGCAAAUAAUUCCAAAGAAUUGGAAGACUGUGAGCAAGCUAACAAACUGGGAGCAGUUAACAGUACCUUAAGUAACCAAAGUAAGGAGGCUUUCAUUGACUGGGCAAGAUACGAUGAUUCACAGGAUCAUUUUUGUGAACUUGAUGAUGAGAGGUCUCCAGAUGCACAGUAUGUGGAUUUGCUGCUGAAUCCAGAACGUUACACAGGAUACAAGGGACCUUCUGCUUGGAGAGUGUGGAACAGCAUCUACGAAGAAAACUGCUUUAAGCCUCGAUCUGUCUAUCGUCCUUUAAAUCCACUGGCGCCUAGUAGGGGAGGAGAUGAUGGAGAAUCUUUCUACACAUGGCUAGAAGGUCUUUGCCUUGAGAAAAGAGUGUUUUAUAAACUCAUUUCUGGACUUCAUGCUAGCAUCAACUUGCAUCUCUGUGCAAAUUAUCUUCUUGAAGAAACCUGGGGGAAGCCUCGCUGGGGACCAAAUGUGAAAGAGUUCACUCGCCGCUUCAACCCUACUGAAACAAAAGGAGAAGGACCAAGGAGGCUCAAAAACUUGUAUUUCUUAUAUUUGAUAGAGCUGCGUGCUUUAUCAAAGGUUGCACCAUACUUUGAGCGUUCAGUUGUUGACCUUUACACUGGAAAUGGCCACGAGGAUGCUGAAUCUAAAGCUCUCUUAUUAGAUAUCUUCAGGGAUACAAAGUCCUUCCAUAUGCACUUUGAUGAAAAGUCCAUGUUUGCUGGAGAUAAAAAAGGAGCCAAGUCAUUAAAGGAAGAAUUCAGAUUGCAUUUCAAGAACAUAUCCCGCAUAAUGGAUUGUGUUGGAUGUGACAAAUGCAGGCUGUGGGGCAAACUGCAGACUCAAGGCUUAGGAACUGCCCUGAAGAUCUUAUUUUCUGAGAAAGAAAUACAGAGCCUUCCUGAGAAUAGCCCAUCAAAAGGUUUUCAACUCACACGUCAAGAAAUAGUUGCUCUUGUAAAUGCCUUUGGAAGGCUUUCCACAAGUAUAAGAGAGUUGCAGAAUUUUAAAGUUUUAUUACAACAAACAAGGUAAUGAAGGCCUUUGCACAACCCACUAGUGACGACCAUUUACAUGACUGCAUUGAGCAGAAGAAACUGAUCCUUACAGGACUCACAUGAACUGAUAAAAAAUAAAAUUGAAUACCGACUUGAAUAUUUAUCUUUAAACUAGGUAUGGUUAUUAAUUAGAAAAGAUAUUUAUGAAUGAAAUAUAUAGUUUUUAAAUGUGUAAAUUAUGCCGAUCUGUUUAUUUUUAAGUUCUCUGCUCACAGUUCUGUUGUACUGAAACUUCAUAAAUUUUCUUUAUUUCCUUGUAUUUGAGACAGUUGUUUUAUAUGAAAACUUAAGUACCUCCACACUGACUUGGCCUGUUCUGUGAGAGGGUAGUUCACCUCUCGCCUCUCCCCAGAACUGAGCUUCAGUAUAUUCUGAAGAUUGGGUAUGCUGAUUCUGGCUGUCUGAAAGAAAACAAACAAAACCACAAAACAAUAGAAAAGGAAAUAAGGCUCUUGCUGAAUUCUGACUUCUUACUAUAAUAAUGAAAUUUAUUUAAAAAUAGGAAGUCUACUGAGCAGAAAACUUUUAUUUCAUACCGAGCUCUUUUGCAUCGUGCUGAUAUCAGUGUUUUUUUUCCUUAUGUGCUGCUUUUCAGAAUUUCCUUUUUUUCUUUACAAUAACUACCUUGCCUCUGAUGCAGCACAAUUGGAAGUGAUUUUCCUGCAGCCCCUCAGCUUCCUGCAUUUGCUUGGGGGUGGGGGUCAGGGCAGAGGAAGAGUUAGUGGAGUGCUGCUAGCUGAAAAGCCUCGGUCAAUCAAAUUCACAUCUACCCCAUUUUAUUUUCUAUAUUGUAAUCACAAAUUCAGGUUUCCAGAAUUUGUCUUUUUAAUGUCCAAAAUGUUAAAAUAGCACACUUCAGUCUUUGAGCAGUGGCAAUAGAUUUGCUCUUUAUGGGUUAUGCUUUAGUGCUAAAGGUCAGUGCAAAAAGUACAAAUUUGUUUUUGUAAUCACUUUUAAAAAAAGAUGCUUUUUAAAAUUCAUAAUCACACUGACAUUUAAUAUCGCAUACUCUAUCUAUGCAAUCCCUAACUGUAUCUUCUUUAAAAUUAUAUUCAGCAUAAAAAAAACGGGUAUGUUAAUAACAUAACUUUCAUAAAAUAAAAAAUUACUCAUGUAUCAUUGUCCACAGAUGGCAGUGAUAACUUAUCAUUUUCCAAAACAGAAUUCAGAAACAGCACUACUGAUUAGUAGCAACCAAAUAUUGGUUUAAAUUUAAAAUGAAGUAAUAAUUUUUUUUUUUAAACCAGCAUGUUUCAGCGUGGUUAGGAGUUAAGAAUGUAGGAAGUGCUGGUACAGUGUAGAUACAUCUCCUUUUUUAAAAAAUGAGUCUUCACAAAAUAAAGUGCUCUUAAACAUUUUUCACCCUACCAGAUACUUAGUGACAUAUAAUUGAUUGUAACUGUCUUGGCUUCCAUAAUGUCCUUUACAGCUGAGAUUUUCUAAAAGCUGUAAUAUACUCUGUCUUAUGUUUCCAGACUAGCUUCAAAUACCUACCUGACUGGAAAUGAGACAGACUACCUGCUGACACUUGCUAUUAUAAAAAAUACUGUUUCUCAAUACAGUAAACUCUGUUGAGCCAAACUGGGAUAAGCUAAAUGAAAGUGAAAAAAACAAACAAAAAAAAGUCAACAACAAACAAACCCAAACAAACCACACCUACAAAGUUUUGGUGAUAGUUGCACAAGUUGACAGUGAACUGGUGGUAUCCAGUUGGAAGUUCCUGUUUAAGCCAGUAGAUAAUUUAAUGUGGUGUUAGAAAAAGCUGAUGCCAGUCUGGGGAUGUUCUGUUCUUACCCAGCAGCUGCUCUUGCCUGUGGGUACCUGUCUCUGAGCAAGUCACCACAGGCUUCCUUUUUCUAGUUAAUGGAGAAGAGCAGGUGAUUUCUAGGUGGAUUCAUCUAGCCUGUUCCGAGCUCUGUUACCCUAGAGUUUAUUUUUCUCCAUUAAAUUGAAGUGGGAAUCCAGGUAACUAGCUCAGAUGUGAACAGCUGUGUUUGGCAACUGAGUUACACCCGGAGUCCCUAACUCCUCUGAGUAAUUGUAUAUAUUGAAAGUGUAUUGUUUUCAGUUGGCCAUUAACUCCUUACCUUUUGGUUUGACCUGCAAGGGCUAGAACCUGCAGGCUUACUGGUAUGAAGAAUGCUGUAUAGCAGGGAUUUAUCUGUAUUGUUAUAUGUUAUAGUGCCUAAAGCUUUAGGCAGAAAAGUUGUGUUGUCUGCGCUGCCCCAGGAAGGACCUGAGUCUGAGAACUGUUUCUUCCCUUUUUCCCUAUGCUUUGUGGGGAAAGUGAAUUGCUUCCAACCUUCUUCUGGGGAUGCAACUUCCUGUUUUUCUUUUUUUCCACCUGUGCCUGGUUAAAAUCUACGGACACUGAAGCAGCAUCACAUACUAAUCAUCACGCACUCACGGGACAGGUGAGAGAUUGGGGUGGCCCGCAGAUCCUGGACACCUGCUCCUUGCAACCCUCGUUGGCACAGCGCAGUCAAGGUUAAUACUGCUGGGUAAGGACAUGAAGAGAUGGGAAGCUUUUCUGGUUUUGUUUUUUUUUUUUCCCCUGUGUCA